GGUAGCUGCUGUUUUCUUGCGGAGGGGGAGGGCAGCGAUGAGUGUACUCCGGACCAGUGUGAUUGCGGGUAUCGAUCGGGUGGAGGCGGCGAUUGCACACUAGCUUUUGCCUUGCCUCGCCGCUCCUCCUCAUCCGCUUCCUUUCUCCUCCCCCUCCCCUUCCCCUCUCUCUUCUCUCUCUAGGCUCCAGUCUCCAGCUCUCAACCCUAGCACGCGGGUUAUAUCCAGAGCCUCCCGUCCCGGCCGCGUCCUUCUUCCUCCAAACCCGAUCGAUCGAUCGCUGAGCUGACUCCACCCGCUCCAUGUAUGGCAAUUCCGCGGCACGGGCAGUACUAGUACGACGUACCAGGCAGUCCCUACCUUCAAGAUUCAAGGGUGGUGGCUAGCGAGGUGCCGUCCCCAGCCAGUCCCCACCGCUGCCGGAGCAGGACAAGCACUAGCUGAUCCGGGCGCAGCUGCAAGUACCACCACGGCUGCACAUGCAUGAUCGGCCCGCCCGCCCGUGAGAUCUGAUCCUGCUGCGCCUGCGCCUGCAUGCGCGCGAGCUGAUCCGUCAUCUUCAUCCAUCCGCACACAAGCUGUGCUAGCGGCUGCUGCUGGUAGCAGGCGAGAGCGUGCAUCGGGAAGAAGAUCUCGUACCGGUUCAGAAGAUGAUGCUCAAGGAUCUGGCAGCAAUUCAGCAGCAGCAGCAGAUGGCCGCCGACGAGAACAUGUCCAACCUCACCUCCGCCUCCGGCGACCAGGCCAGCGUCUCCUCCCACCCGCUGCCGCCUCCGGCCAAGAAGAAGCGCAGCCUCCCAGGGAAUCCAGACCCGGACGCGGAGGUGAUCGCGCUGUCGCCGCGGACGCUGAUGGCGACGAACCGGUACGUGUGCGAGGUGUGCGGCAAGGGGUUCCAGCGCGACCAGAACCUGCAGCUGCACCGGCGCGGCCACAACCUGCCGUGGAAGCUCAAGCAGCGCAACCCCAAGGAGGCGGUGCGCAAGAAGGUGUACGUGUGCCCGGAGCCCGGCUGCGUGCACCACGACCCGGCGCGAGCGCUUGGCGACCUCACCGGCAUCAAGAAGCACUUCAGCCGCAAGCACGGCGAGAAGAAGUGGAAGUGCGACCGCUGCGCCAAGCGCUACGCCGUCCACUCCGACUGGAAGGCGCACUCCAAGGUCUGCGGCACGCGCGAGUACCGAUGCGACUGCGGCACCCUCUUCUCAAGGAGGGACAGCUUCAUCACGCACCGGGCCUUCUGCGACGCGCUCGCGGAGGAGAGCGCCAGGGCGGUUACCGCAGCGGCGGCGGUGGCGGGCCAGCACCACCCCGGGAUGCUCUUCUCACAGGGCGCCGGGGGCGGCGAGGGCGGCGCCGCGGGCGGGCUGCACCUUCCCGCCGUGCUGGACCCGUCGCAGCCUUUGGUCGGGCACGGGAUGUCCUUGCAAGAGCUCUGCCUCAAGAGGGAGCAGCAGCAGCAGCAGCAGUUCGCGCCGUCGUGGCUCACGGCCCAGCAGCAGCAGCACCUGGAGCUGCAGGCGGCUGGCGCCGGCAACCCCGCCGUGUUCGUGUCGGCGAGGCCGCUGGACCAGGACUACAUGGGGAGCUCCACGCCGGAGAGCACCGCGCCGCCGGCGGGCCUCGGGUUCGGAUUCUCGCCGUCGUCCUCCGCCGGCACGGCCUCCGCGCACAUGUCGGCCACCGCGCUGCUGCAGAAGGCGGCGCAGAUGGGCCAUCGUAGGAGAGAGGACGUGGUGAGACCACGUGUCGAGGAUUGUGAUGCUGAGGCUGGUGUAGUGGACAUGUUAGAUGACUAUCAUGAGGCACACGUUGCUGAAGAACUUGUAGAGGAGGAGCCUGAGGGGUCCGCAAAGGCGUUUUACGAUAUGUUUGCCUCAGCACAGAAACCCCUUCACGGACAUACAAAAGUUUCUCAGCUGGAUGCCAUUGGACGAGUAAUGGCGUUGAAGUCGCGGUACAGCCUGAGCAGAGACACCUUUGAUGGUAUAGUGACAGUUAUUGGCAGCCUGCUUCCAGAGGGUCACAUCCUGCCAAAGAGUAUGUACGAGUCACAGAAACUUCUUCGUGCACUCAAGAUGCCGUAUGACAAGAUACAUGCCUGUCCGAACGGAUGUGUCCUGUUCAGGAAAGAAUACGCGGAAGAAAAGUACUGUCCGAAGUGUAAAUCCUCUAGGUUCCUGGAGGUUGACUCUGGUGAUGGCAACAAGAGGCAGCUUGAUAUCCCCGUGACAAUCCUACGUCACCUGCCGGCCAUACCGAGGAUCCAACGGCUGUACAUGACUGAGGAAUCCGCGAAACAGAUGACAUGGCAUAAGAAAGGGAAACGAUACAAUCCUCACAAGAUGGUACAUGCAUCAGAUGGUGAAGCAUGGACCUACUUUGAUAGCAUUCAUCGGGACAAAGCCAGUGAGGCUCGUAAUGUUCGUAUUGCGCUGGCAACUGAUGGAUUCAAUCCGGCGUUAGCGAUGCGACCUUGA